UGUUUCACACUUAAAGCCAGUAGUAAUGUGAUGCCCCUUGUUUUCUGUGCAGAGGAUUUCUGGAAAUACAAGCAGUGACUUCCUCCGUCCCUCUGAGCGCUGAGGCUGUGAAUGUUUUGUUCAAGAAGAAGGACUAACAGUUCCCCUUGACUGAUCGCGUGAAGCCAUGGCUAUUCUUUUUGCUGUUGUGGCGAGGGGCACAACCAUCCUUGCCAAGCAUGCCUGGUGUGGAGGAAACUUCCUGGAGGUGACAGAGCAGAUCCUGGCGAAGAUACCUUCUGAAAACAACAAACUGACCUAUUCACAUGGGAAUUAUCUGUUUCAUUACAUCUGCCAAGAUAGGAUUAUAUACCUCUGCAUCACAGAUGACGACUUUGAACGUUCCAGGGCCUUCAACUUCCUGAAUGAAAUCAAGAAGAGGUUUCAGACCACGUAUGGCUCAAGAGCACAGACAGCCCUUCCCUAUGCAAUGAACAGCGAGUUCUCCAGUGUCUUAGCUGCACAGCUGAAAUACCACUCGGAGAGCAAGGGCACUGACCAGGUAGCAGAGACACAAGCCCAAGUUGAUGAACUUAAAGGAAUCAUGGUUCGAAACAUAGACCUCGUGGCACAGAGAGGAGAGAAGCUGGAGUUGCUGAUCGAUAAAACAGAGAAUCUCGUGGAUUCUUCCGUCACUUUCAAAACUACCAGCAGGAACCUUGCUAGAGCCAUGUGUAUGAAGAACCUCAAGCUUACCAUCAUCAUAAUCAUUGUAUCAAUUGUUAUCAUCUAUAUCAUCGUAUCAGCUGCCUGCGGUGGGCUUGCGUGGCCAAGCUGUGUGCAGAAGUAACCAGAGACAGCUGGUGCUGGUCAGUUGGAGAUGAGAAUCACAGCAGUGUGAAGAAGUGACCUACAGAAUAACUCUCAAUCUUUCACUACUGACACCUUCUCAUUCUUCAUCCCUCCAGGACUUCAGACUUUCUGCCUUAUCACCCCAAACAGGCCCAGCCGGUUGCUGCUUCCGUGCAGCUGUAACCUCAAGAAUGGGCUGUUUUAAAUUACUUGAAGGGAUUUUUUUCUUUUCUGUCCCGCCUACAACCUUCUCAGCUAGCUGGUACCGCCAGCUCUGGAGGGUACACGCAUGCUUGUCCAUGUGUCCAUGCAGCUUUGCACUUUCAUGUGAGUGUGCAAGUGGAGAACAGCUCUGCUAGCAACUGUCCUACCCACGAGGAUGACACUGGAGGAUAGUUUGAGGUGGGCUGAGCCAAGCUAAUGGGAGAGCCACAAGAUGGGUGUAUUUCCAUUUUCCACAGACCGUAGAGAUCAGGUGCCCCUCCCUGCACAUCUGGCCUCUUGUAGUGGCUCAACAUGUAGGGGUUGCAAGUGCAAUAUUAGUAGUAACAAAAAGAAUGGCUUUGGGGCUGGGGCUUUACGCACUGUAAGAUGUAGGUGUUGCUUCUGUAUGAAAUCUCCCUUUUCCUGGUGGUCUUUCAGCAGUUGGUAGGAGGGUGAUAGGUCACCUCAGCAUUUUGAAAUGCCUCCUCUUGACCAUCAUUUUUUUUCUCCUUCUUCCCCUUUAAUUUGUGGUUAAAAUAAUACAGUAAAGAAGAUAGUUCUGUAUAGUUAAGGUUGCAGUAAUGCAUAUUCUUUGUCAUGUUAUUUCUCCUGUUCUUCUGAGGGUGAACUAAAAUGAGUACUAACAUUACCACUUGCUAAAGUGAAAAUGGGAGCCGAUCAAGGCUGAUGUAUUAAUCAGGCUUGAUAAGGUGUCAUAUAUUGGCUGCUUGUGCUUCUACUCUGAAGGUUUGUGCUAAAAUGACAGAGAAGGACAGAAGGUUGAAGUUAAAUGGAUUGUUCCUUUCUCUGUAGUCUGAAGCAGAAAAGGCCUUUCAGAUGUAGUAACAGCUACUCAUGCUGGGGGGAAAAAGAAACAACACAAAAAAAACAACACCAAAACUCCAAGGCUUAUUACCAACUGUAGGAUUGGGUACUCUGGUAAUUUGCUGCUAUCAAGUGUGUACCUAUAGGGACUACUUUGCCUGGUGCUGGAAGCUGUGAUUACCAUGUUUCUGUCCCAUCAGGCCACUCUUGCGAAGGUGCUGCACAGCAAAUGUGUAGGGCAGCACUGUGGCUGGAUGUGCCAGCAGCCUGGGAACAACUGAAAUCUGGUGCAAGUAUCAGAUGGUCUGAUAAGGAAGCUGCACUGCUUUGGUCUGGGGAACUGACAGUGAAUGAAAGCUGUGCAGGUACAGGAAACUGAGGCUCAGUUUGGUGACUAAACUCCAGCACUUGGUGCCAUGGGUUCCCUGAGCCCUGCAACACAGGCUUGCCAGGCAGGGCAGUGACAUUCAGUGGCUGCUCCUUCAUGUGACUUUCCUGGUGUGUUACACUUUCCAGCAGGUGCCAGGUAAAGCUUUCCUAUAAACUUGCAUGGUUCUUUGGAUGUGACUUCGAGGCUAAAACUUAACUAAUGGUAAUCAAACCUUCAUAGCCAGAAAGGGCCAACUGAUCAACACUGUGGCCUGUUUGUACCCUGCAUUAAUACACUGUAAAGCAGAGAAAGACUUUGUCUUACCUGGAAGUGGAUGUGAAGGAGAGCUCUUCAUCUCCUCCUUACCCUUACAACCACCUACAGCUCACUGUACAAUUGUGCAUGUUUUAGGGACUGUUGAUGUUACUGUGUUAAUUUCUAUGAUUUGUUGUCUUAUGUACAAACACUUUUUAAAGAUUUCCUCUCCUUUUAAAGGAUGCACUGAGGCAUUAGUGUAAAAACAAAAUUAACCUGGGUAAAUAAAAUUACUGUACAGAAAGGAGAUCUGCUUAGCUGUGUGAAAGGCUGUCUGGCACUGGAUGUAGGAGCUAUUUGGAAACCAGUGUGCACCUGGGGUGUGGGUCUCCCUGUGCACUGCUGCAGCUUCCAGCUUUGUGUCUCCCUCUGUGGCUGCUUGAGAAAGCAUGUGGGGAAACCCUGCUGUGACACAGCUCCUGCAAAGGCUGUGUUAUCUCAGCUUUGAGAGGAUUUUGACUUAGCUUUGAUGCAGAUGGUAGAACCUAUCAUGACUUGACAGUGGCUUUAUUUAUGUAUUUAUGGUGAGGGGAAGAAUCUGUUUUUCCUUGGUUUUAGCUCACAGUAUCUAUGAGUACCUAGGACAGAGAUGCUAAAAGAUGCAUGGGAUGAGAUGCCUGCUUGCUCAGUUCAUGUGCAGGGGUGGAGGGAACAUAAAAGGAAGUGAUAAGGCAGUAGUGGUGUUAUUUGAAAGCUACAUUACAAUCUGAGAAAUUGUUUUAAGGCAAUUUUCAGUGACUUAAGAUGAAAUCCCACUGUCCUGAGCACAGUCUUUCUUUUCUCUAGUCAUAGUGGGGAAGACCCUACCUUCCUGGAAGAGGUCCCUGUGCUGUGCCAGACCGAUUCAGUGCAGCAGCUGCUAAGCUCACUGUCUUGCUCUUCAGCCUCUGUGUUUAAAAAUAAAAGUUAAACAGAGUUUAGUAGCUUUUCAUCUACCUCAGGAAUGUUAAAUAGGUGUUGUAGUGUUAGGUGUUGGAUGUAGGCUCAUGAGGGAGUUAGAUUUCCUCUUCAACUUGCAGCAAUUGUUCAAGUUCAGUGAAUAGUUAUCGUGGUUAGAGGUAAAGAAACACUGCAUCUUAAUGAUGGCUGCUAGGGCAGAACAUGAAAGGAAAUCACCCGGUAUGAAAAUGUCUAAGGGAAUGAAGGGAUUUAUCCUGAAUUAACAUCUCAUUAGUUUGGUAGCAUUUACAGAGCUGAGUAUUCUGUGUAGCACUUUUGAUUUAUGGACCAAAAGCAGAGGGCUGUCCUUCCUCAGAAGAGAGCCAUCCUCAAGUGCUUGUCAGUGUCAGGCUAUAUUUAAAAUGCCCAUGACUUUGAGCAGAAGCUAAUCUCAGAAUGAGACCCUGCUUAACUUUCUUGCUUGCUUCUGUAUUAGCCUCAGGUCUGUCUAGAAAUGUCUACAGCAGCAGUUUGAUAUGUACAUCUGUCUUGCAGCUCUCAUAAAAAGAAUAUCACAUGCCUGAUAAGAUUUAACUAGAAUACAAUGUUGAAAUAUUUAAACACUUCCACUACUUCAGAAAGCUUUCGUUCUUUACUUUUCCUUAAGUACCUGAUUGAACAGUAGCAGCUGUCUCAACUUCAGAGACUGCAGAAAAAUGUCCUGCAUGGAAAAUGCAGACGUGUUCCUACCUUUGUACAGACCAUAAUAAAACUCUCAAACAAUAGAAAAGUCUAAA